AUGGUAACGAAGAAUAUUCUCCCAGAAUAUUUCGAUGUUGUGAUUUUGGGCACUGGACUUCCGGAAUGUAUUAUUGCUGCUGCGUGUGCUCGUUCUGGCCUCAGUGUCUUGCAUCUAGAUCGGAAUGAUUAUUACGGUGGUUUAUGGGCAUCCUUCAAUCUGCAGCAAAUUCAUCAUUGGUUAGAAAAUGAAAGUAAGGAAGGUGGUGAAAUUUAUGACAGCUCAUCUUUUCUGCAAGAUGGUGAAAAGUUCGUCGCUGCCAGUUGUCGAUCUUUCGUUGAGAAAAUUAGAUAUGAUUUUGAUAAUUGGAAAGCUGAUGAACUGGACUUGCGUUUGCAAAAUAUUGAUUUUCAGUGGCGAAAAUUCAGUCUGGAUCUCUUGCCGAAGAUACUGUUAAGUAGAGGAAAUAUGGUUAAACUAUUGUGUGACUCAAGCGUAGCCAGGUAUUGUGAAUUCAAGUCUGUCGAUCGAUUUUUGUGUUUUUCAUCACAAGAAGAUUUGAGUCCACUUUUAGUGGUCCCAUGUUCACGUGGAGAAAUAUUCAGGAGCGAUAUCCUCUCGACUUUGGAUAAACGAAGAAUAAUGAGAUUUCUGCAAAACUGUAUCAAGUGGAGGAAAAACGAUAAUGAAACCAACUUUUGGGAAGAAUAUACCGAGAAGCCAUUUGGGACUUUCAUUGAGUCUUUUGGAAUAACGGGUCGUGUAAAAAGUAUAAUUACUGAUACUUUGGGGAUCUUGCAUUCUUCAGCCAACACCAGAGAGGGUUUGGAAGCAGUGUGUGAAUUUAUGGAAUCCGUCGGACGUUAUGCUGAUUCACCAUUUCUCUGGACUCUCUUUGGUAGUGGAGAGUUACCACAAGGUUUUGCUCGUCUGUGCGCUCUUUUCGGUGGAAUUUAUUGCUUGAAUCGUUCAGUUGAAGGCUUCAUUAUCUCUAAUAAAAGAAUAGAAGCGGUCCUAACAGAAGGACAGCGGAUAAACUGUAAGCAUGUUAUCACAAACCGGACAUAUUUACCAGAGCAAUAUUUAAGUUCAAUGUCACAAAAACGAAUUAAUAGAACUAUUCUAAUUUCCGAUCAAUCUAUUUUACCGGAUCCAGAGAAAGAACACAUCAGUUUAUUGAAUCUCGUCAGUUUCGAAAAUGAUGCAUCUCCUUAUUUGUUAGAAGUUGGAUAUGAAGGCUGUGCAGCACCAAAAGGAAAAUAUAUUACGCAUAUUACUGCUCGAAGCCAAUGCGAUUCUUAUACUAUUUUGAAUCCCAUCGUCGAGCGUUUGUUUGAAGUCGCAGGAAAUGUUUUUUCUUUUGAAAAAGAAAUCAGCACUGUUUUUACAGAUCAGAAACCACAAAUAAUGUGGUCUCUUUAUUUCGAUGUGGCUGAACCGUUACUGAUGUUGGAAGGCAUACCAAUUAAUAUGGGCAUUGUUCCAUGUGUCGAUGAACAUUUGAAUUAUGACCUUGUCGUUUGUGAAGUGAGAUUAUUCAAGGCAAAGAAAAUAUUCAAAGAGUUUUGGCCAGACUAUGAUUUUUUACCUCCGUCGUUAAGCGGUGAUGACGAUGAUGAACUAGAAAAGCAGAUUGAUAUUGAAAAUUUUGAAGAAAACGAUUACUCAUCCAGCUCAAGGAUUUUCGAACAGACCUGA